UACAAAUUACAGUACUUAACCUAUAAAUAAACUUUCAGUCAAAGAUUCAGAUUCCUGUAAUAUUGUAUUUGUGACUUGGUUUCUCUUUAACUUCUAAGCCAUGUCCACGACAGUUAUUAAAUAUGUCGGAAGAACAACGGAUUUCAAAGGUAAAACCUUGUGGGAAAUUGUUGGGAGCCUGAAGAAUUUUGGCGUCGGAAGAAUCAUCGUCCGGUCUGUUUUCGAAAGAUACCCUGAACCGUGUUUUAUGAAAAUCGUUAAAGUUGAAGCUUGUCCUGAUGAGGAAAGGCGCAGAGUAAGAAUAUGGGUUGAGAAAACGUUCAGAGGGCGUAAGUUGCCGAAUCUUACUGAAAUAUACCGCACAUCUUACAAGCCUGAUUACAAACUAAUACCUAAGAAUGAGGAGGCAAAAUUGUUAGCUAGCGUGCAGAAAGUACACGACUACCCAGAAGUAAUCCUUCCUAGCAGCUACGAGAUGCCCCCGCUUAUGAAGAAGUUUAUCAUCACGGAUCAUGCAAACAAAGGACUGGAAGUUAUGACAGACUUUACCAUGCCGAUCUCUUACAAACACAGCCCCAAUAGAGUGAAGAGGAUAGCUAAAGGUGAUGAAAAGCCAACAGCACCAUUUAAAAUGGGCCUCGGAACUCCUGUCAGCCCCUCUCUCUAUGAAGGAGUGCCCCUCAGUUGAAAGAAAUCAAUAUUAUUAUUAUUACAUGUUUAUUUAAUUAUAGAAUUGUUAUAGAAAUAAAGUAGAUUUACAUAAGGAAA